AGACGGCAAGGUGUGUCUUUCGGGCGACGCUGCCAGCGUGACGUAUAAUCUAGUGGACGGUUUUUUAGAAACAGCUCGUCAACCACCUCGGUAGUUUGCUAGCCAACAUCGCCGAAAUAUUCAAGCUAUUUAUACGUUUUCGGUGUAUAUUAGCUACUGUUUUUUAGGCACACUUCUGUCGUAUCUACUUGUUAACCUAUUUAAUUUAAUAUUACGUUAUAUUUUAUUAGUCAUCUAUAGUAGCUGGCUGGUUUAGUUAGCACUAGCCUAGUCGCUAUUGAUAGCUAGCUAACAUCCCCGACCAUGAGCUCCCUAAACUACUCCCCUCCUGUUAAGGAAGAGGGGAAAUGCUGGUCGGAGAAAGAGGGUCUUUGGCUGAACAUUGUCGUGAAAGAGGAGGAGGAAGAGGAGGGUGUCACAGUAAAACAAGUAGAGGGUGAGGCUGUUACAGUGGAAGAAGAAGAGAAAUACGUUUCAGUGAAAGAAGAGGAAGAUGCUGUUUUUGGAGUGAAGAAGGAUGGGGAGAUUACUGUCACAUUGAAAGAUGAAGAGGUCGAGAUAGGAGAUCUGAUUCACCCCAGAGAGAGACAGGACUAUCGUGGAUCCUCUGGGGAGCCUCAACAACCUCAUGAUGCCGAUAAGGUGGAGAAGAGUCUCUCUAGAUCAGAACACCUCAAGAAACACCUGCAGAGACCCACAGGGAGGAGAAUUCACUGCUGCUCUGACUGUGGGAAGAGAUUCACCUCCUCAUCAGGCAUUAAAAUUCAUCAGAGAACACACACAGGAGAGAAAUCUUAUAGCUGUGGUCAAUGUGGGAAGAGUUUUAGACAAUCUGGAAGUCUGACAGUGCACCAGAGAAUACACACAGGAGAGAAACCUUAUAGUUGUGAUCAAUGUGGGAAGAGUUUUACUACAUCUGGCUCUCUGACUCUACACAAGAGAACACACACAGGAGAGAGACCUUAUAGCUGUGGUCAAUGUGGGAAGAGUUUUGUUAAAUCUAGCAAGUUAACUCAACACCAGAGAACACACACAGGAGAGAAACCUUAUAGCUGUGAUCAAUGUGGGAAGAGUUUUACAACAUCUGGCUAUCUGACUCUACAUCAGAGAAUACACACAGGAGAGAAACCGUAUAUAUGUGAUCAAUGUGGGAAGAGUUUUGUUCGAUCUGACCAGCUGACAUUACACCAGAGAACACACACAGGAGAGAAACCUUACAGCUGUGGUCAAUGUGGGAAGAGUUUUGUUACAUCUAGCUCUCUGACAUUACACCAGAGAACACACACAGGAGAGAAAUCUUGUCGCUGUGAUCAAUGUGGGAAAAGUUUUGUUACAUCUAGCUCUCUGACAUUACACCAGAGAACACACACAGGAGAGAAAUCUUAUAGCUGUGAUCAAUGUGGGAAGAAUUUUACUACAUCUGGCUAUCUGACUCUACAUCAGAGAAUACACACAGGAGAGAAACCCUAUAUCUGUGAUCAAUGUGGGAAGAGUUUUGUUACAUCCAGCUGUCUGACAUUACACCAGAGAACACACACAGGAGAGAAACCUUAUAGCUGUGGUCAAUGUGGAAAGAGCUUUAGUAAUUCUGGUGAUCUGACAGUGCACCAGAGAAUACACACAGGAGAGAAACCUUAUUGCUGUGAUCAAUGUGGGAAGAGAUGUACUACAUCUGGCUCUCUGACUCUACACAAGAGAACACACACAGGAGAGAAACCUUAUAGCUGUGGUCAAUGUGGGAAGAGUUUUGUUUCAUCUAGCAAGCUGACUCAACACCAGAGAACACACACAGGAGAGAAACCAUAUAGCUGUGAUCAAUGUGGGAAGAGUUUUGGUCAAUCUGGCAGUCUGACUCAACACCAGAGAACACACACAUGAGAGAAAUCUUAUAGCUGUGAUCAAUGUGGGAAGAGUUUUGGUCAGUCUAAGAGAACACACAUAGUAGAGAAACCUCUUAGCUGUGACCAGAAAUAAUCUGAUAAAAGAUCUCUGAUCAAAUAUCAGAAAAUACUUACAUGGAGUUGUUUCAUGAUAUCAAUGAAUUAAUGUCACAAUGUAGAAUGUUUUAACAUUGCAGUAGGAGUAUUUUAAUGUCACAAUGUAGAACCCAAAACGCUAUUUCACCAGGAGAGUGAAAUCCAGCUGGCCUUUGAUGUGGAGAACAGCCAUGCCCUC